CCUCACACAAACACACUUCUGAGGAAACGAAACUGAUCUAAAUCUCUGGAUUCUCCGUCUGUGUAAGAGUGAACAACGACCGUCUAAAUGGAUCAGCAGGAAGUUCUGCUGGACCAAGACCAGUUGUGUUGUUCUGUCUGUCUGGAUCUACUGAAGGAACCAGUCACCAUCCCCUGUGGACACAGUUACUGUCUGAGCUGUAUUGAGGGCUACUGGGAUCAGGAUGAUCUGAAAGGGGUCUAUAGCUGUCCCCAGUGCAGACAGACCUUCACUCCAAGGCCAAUUCUGAGGAAAAAUAACAUGUUGGCUGAAGUGGUGGAGAAACUGAAGACAGGACUCCAGACUGCUUCUCCUGUUCUGUGCUGUGCUGGACCUGGAGACGUGGUGUGUGAUUUCUGUACUGGGACCAGAAAACAGAAAGCCCUCAUGUCCUGUCUGGUGUGUCUGGCUUCUUAUUGUGAGAGUCACCUCCAACCUCACUACGAAUCUUCUGCCUUUAAGAAACACAAGCUGAUCAAAGCCACCACACAACUACAGGAGAAGAUCUGCUCUCAUCAUGACAAACUGCUGGAGGUUUUCUGUCGUACUGAUCAGCAGUGUAUCUGUCUGCUGUGUUCGUUGGGGGAACAUAAAGGACAUGAUACAGUGUCAGCUACAGCAGAGAGGACUGAGAAACAGAUAAAUCUUGACAACUCAUUGAAGAGUGAUUCUGUACAGAGGCAGCUGGGGAUCAGUCAGCAGAAGGUCCAUCAGAGAGUCCAGGAGAGAGAGAAGGAGGUGAAGGAGGUCCAACAAGCUAUGGAGUCUCUCAAGCUCUCUGCAAAGACAGCAGUGGAGGACAGUGAGAAGAUCUUUACUGAGCUGAUCCGCUCCAUAGAGAGAAGACGCUCUGAGGUGAAGGAGCUGAUCAGAGCCCAAGAGAAGACUCAAAUGUGUCAAGCUGAAGGACUCCUGGAGAAACUGAAGCAGGAUAUAGCUGACCUGAGGAAGAGAAGCACUGAGCUGGAGCAGCUGAAACACACAGAAGAUCCCAUCCAUUUCCUCCAGAGUUAUCAGUCUCUCUCCAGUACCAGUGUAUCUUCAGAUUUACCCAGCAUCACUGUCCGUCCUCUUCAGCACUUUGGAGAUGUGAGUAGGACUGUCUCUGAUCUGAGAGAGAAACUAGAAGACCUCCUUAAAGGAGAAUGUACCAAGAUCUCCACUACAGUGAAUAGAGUGGAUGUUUUACUGCCUCCAGAGCCCAAGACCAGAGAACAGUUCAUACAAUAUUCCUGUCAGCUCACACUGGUCCUGAACACAGUACAUAGAAAACUCUCUCUGUCUAAAAGGAACAGAAAGGUUACUGUUACAAACAAAGUCCAACCAUAUUUUGACCAUCCAGACAGAUUUACUAACAGCAGGAUGGUUCUAUGUAGAGAGGGUCUGACUGGACGCUGUUACUGGGAGAUGGAGUACAGUGGGUACCAGGUUUAUAUAUCAGUCUCAUAUAAAGACAUCAGCAGGACAGAUGAUACAUUUGGAUCCAAUGACAACUCCUGGAAUUUAACGUGUUAUAAUGGUGGUUACUCUUUCAUACACAAUAAUGUUAAGACUAAAGUAUCAGGUCCUCAGUCCUCCAGAAUAGGAGUCUACCUGGAUUACAAGGCAGGUACUCUGUCCUUCUACAGCGUCUCUGACACAAUGACCCUCCUCCACAGAGUCCAGACCACAUUCACUCAGCCCCUCUAUCCUGGGAUUGGUUUAUUUUGGUUUGGCACUGCUGAACUGUGUGACCUAUAGUUGGUGUUCGAUAGUUACAGAUGUAACACACUCUUUGGUCUGUGCUGCUGAGCUGUAAACUGUAGUAGGGGUCUCAUAGAUAAAGGACAUGUUGAUAGUCAUUGUAUCUGACGCUUUAUUCUGCUCUGUUUUUCUUUACAGUAUGAUUUCUCUGACUGAUUUGAUCUUUAGAGAUCGUUAUUCAAUUAAUUCUUUUCAUCACUUCACCUUUUGAAAUAAUUGUUUGCUGAAUCUAGUCGCUCACCCUUAAUGCUGCAAAUGUUGACUUAACUGAAAAAUACUUUAACAUGACAAAUGUGAUGUAAUAUUGAUCUGCUGCAGUCAGGUUCGAAUUUAAGCCCUAAUGUAUUAAAAUUCCAUGUAUGGAUAUGCUUCAUCUAUACUUCACAUAAUGUAUGUUGGACAUUCAGAAUCAUUUAUAUAUUUUUGCUCAUUAGGCUCUGUGUUUCUAUGUAUUUUUCUCAGUGGCUUGUAAGAUUACAAGCAUCAGUCAACCUGUCCACCAGGUGGUGUAUUUGUCCAAACUGAAAACAAAUAGGUUUGACAACACAUAUUGACUGGGUUUCAGGAUUUUACUAUUGUAUAAUACUGUCAUUAGAGGAUUUAUAGUCUGAAACAGAUCGCUGUUAUGAAAAAUAAAAACAUGUUUCACACCA